AUGUCAUGGACCGGGGUGAAAAAAGCUAUCAAUAGAGCAGGCACGCAGGUGUUGGUGAAGGCUGGCCAGGUGGAUGUCACGGUAGAUACCGAGUUUGAGUUUGAGGAAAAACGGUACCGCACCAUGCAAUCGCACAGUCGCAAACUCCACUCGGAAUUAAAGUACUAUUUGGACACACUUCGACGGCUUGAAAGUGCCCAGCUAAGCGUCGCUAAGGCAUUGAGCUCAUUUUAUGGACAGCAGCAAGGAGAAAAACCCACGUCGUUGGCGCAGGAAUAUUAUACAGCUUUGGAAAAGACCCACGACGAAGUAGCCAAAGCAUUGGAGACGCCGUAUCACCAGACAGUGUUGAACCCUGUGGCGCGGUUCAACCUGUACUACAUAGAGAUUGACGAGGCUAUCAAGAAGCGGGAACACAAGAGGUUGGAUUACGAUGCAUUGCGAGCCAAAGUCCAGAAACUAAUAGACCGUCCCGACGAAGAAGAGAAACUCAAGGACACGGAACAGCAACUCGAUGGUUCUCGUGAAGUGUAUGAGAAGCUCAAUGAAGAGCUCAAGCAUGAACUUCCUCGGUUCACCAAUCUCCGCAUUCCGUUUUUCGAUCCUUCAUUCGAAGCAUUUGCCCGAUUACAAAUGCGUUACUUUCGAGAAAACUAUGAGUCGUUGGCCCAGUUGGAAACCAAGCUCGAUGCACAAACGCGGAAGGAUUACAUGGACGGAACGUUGGAUCUGCGGCUCGACCUGUGCUUGGCCAAGAUGCGAGAGUUACAGGCAUAG